AUGAGGCCGCUGGUGUGUCCGCGGACCCUCCCCAGGCCAGACUGGCGGAGGGAGGCCCGGCAGGCCCCGGGGCCCAGGAAGCCACCAACGGGCGAGGACGAGCGGGCGUCUUCUGGACCGGAGCCAGAGGAAAGUGAACGGCAUGGGGGCCCCUGGGACGCUGGGCGGGCGCGGGGCUGGGGACGCCCAGAGGCCUGCCGCCCUCACACACUCGGCCUGCCCGCUCCCGCCCACCUGGAGGCCCUGAGCGGCCGCGCCCUGCGGGCGACUCAUGGGCGGGAAUGCAGGCGGCUUCGGCCUGAGCUCCAGGGAGGAGCUGCGGCCUCCUCCCCAGGGAUGCCUGGCUAUGGCAACCUCCACGCCAGCUGUGUCCGUUUUUUAGAUUCUACAUCUUAA